CUUAAUUUUUUUAACAGUGUCUUGUCUUGUCUGGAGAGACGGUUUAAAAACAGGAAGCGCUUUACCCAAUCGUUCAACAUGACUUGUUACUGGAAAGUAGCUAUAAAGUACUUGGCAUCUGGUGGGAAUGCGCUGUAUUUGCAACGUACCUAAAAUGUGUUAUUCUACCUUUCUGUAGUAGAUGAAGAGGUGAAUAUUAAAUUCUCGGUAUGAGUCUAGAGGUGGCUUGCUUGUCAUUUCGCCAGCCGUACACUACUCUUGUGUUGAAUGGUGUGAAAGCGCUAGAGAGCCGCUGGCGGCCCCUGCUGCCAGAGAUGCGGAACUGCACGCUACCAGUUCACAUCGCUCAGAAGAGCUGGGAAGGAGAGGACUGGAGACUCAUCCUCACAGAACGACUGGGAAUGACUGCCGUGCAAACCGAGGAACUGCUGGAGUCUGGAGAAAGGUUCAGGCGUGGUGUUAUAGCAGGUCUUGUGGAUGUUGGGGAGACGUGGUGUUGUCCUGAGGAUAUUCCCUGUGAAGAGAUGAGAGAGCUGGAAAAAGCAGCUUGCUUGACGGCGCUCAAAAUGAAAUACCUUACAAGACUCUCAAACCCCCGCUGGUUCAAUGAACCAAUAUAUUCCAGGGGCCAUAAAGAUGUGUGGAUGGUACACAUCCCAGUUCAUCUUUUGCCCUCUGCUCCUUCUCAUCCGUAACCGUGAAACAAAGUAUUCAGUAGUGUAUUUGUGUCUGAGACACUGAGAUGUGCCUUGCUGGAGAUUUGCAAUGUAUCUAAUGUGUGCAGGUUGUUUUUUUCAACAUUAAAGGAGACAUAUUAUGCCCCUAUUUACAAUAUGUAAUCUAAGUCUCUGGGGUCCCCAGAAUGUGUCUGUGAAGUUUCAGCUCAAAAUACUCCACAGAUCAUUUAUUAU